GCUCGAGCGCGCGGCGCGUAGAGCUGCGAGCGGGCGCAGGCAGAGGACCCGCCGGCUCCACCGCGGGCCAGUCCGCAGCUCGAGCCGCCGUCCCGGGGCGCUCCCGAGGCCCCGCAGGAGGGACCAUGAAAGUGAGGUCGGCCACCAGCGACAGAGAUGCAUUGUGUGUUACAGAAGAGGAGCUGGCCGGUGUUGACGAGGACAUGCCGACCUUCCCAUGCACACAAGAGGGCCGGCCGGGGCCCCGCUGCAGCCGCUGCCAGAAGAACCUGUCAUUGCACACAUCUGUGCGGAUCCUUUACCUCUUCCUGGCCCUGCUCCUGGUGGCCGUGGCCGUGCUGGCCUCUCUGGUUUUCAGGAAAGUGGACUCUCUCUCAGAAGACAUCUCCCUGGCCCAGGCCGUCUAUGACAAGAAGCUUAUGUCUAUGCAGGAAAAUCUGCAAGGACUGGAUCUGAAAGCCCCAAACAACUGUUCCUUCUGCCACGAGGCUGGGCAGGUGGAGCAAGAGAUCAGAAAACUUCAGGAAGAGCUGGAAGGAAUUCAGAAGAUGCUCCUGGCCCAGGAGGUCCAGCUGGACCAGACCUCCCAGACCCACGAACUGCUCUCCACCACCAGCAGCCAAAUCUCCCAAGAGAUGGGCAGUUGUUCCUUCUCCAUCCACCAGGUCAACCAGUCUCUGGGGUUCUUUCUCACUCAGGUGAGGGGCUGGCAGGCCACCACGGCUGGCCUGGACCUCUCUCUGAAGGACCUCACCCAGGAGUGCUACGAUGUCAAGGCUACUGUCCACCAGAUCAACUUCACCGUUGGGCAGACUUCGGAGUGGAUUCAUGGGAUCCGGCGGAAGACCGACGAGGAGACCCUGACCCUCCAGAAGAUUGUCACCGACUGGCAAAACUACACCCGGCUCUUCAGCAGCCUGCGUACCUCGUCGGCCAAGACUGGAGAAGCGGUCAAGAACAUUCAGGCCACCCUGGGGGUCUCCUCCCAGCGCAUCAGCCAGAACUCCGAGAGCAUGCACGACCUGGUGCUGCAGGUCAUGGGCUUGCAGCUACAGCUGGAUAACAUCUCGUCCUUCCUGGACGACCACGAGGAGAAUAUGCACGACCUGCAGUACCACACCCGCUAUGCCCAGAACCGCACAGCGGAGAGGUUCGAGACGCUGGAAGGACGCAUGGCUUCCCACGAGAUCGAGAUCGGCACCAUCUUCACCAACAUCAAUGCCACCGACAGCCACGUGCACAGCAUGCUCAAGUACCUGGACGACGUGCGUCUCUCCUGCACACUGGGCUUCCACACCCACGCCGAGGAGCUCUACUACCUGAACAAGUCUGUCUCCCUCAUGCUGGGCACCACGGACCUGCUCCGGGAGCGUUUCAGCUUGCUCAGCGCCCGGCUGGACUUCAACGUCCGCAACCUCUCCAUGAUUGUGGAGGAGAUGAAAGCUGUGGACAUGCAGCACGGAGAAAUCCUCCGGAACGUCACCGUCCUCAGAGGUGCCCCUGGCCCUCCAGGACCAAGAGGACUCAAAGGAGACAUGGGCAUGAAAGGGCCUGGUGGUGGCAGAGGACCGAAAGGAGACCCUGGCAGCUUGGGGCCCCCAGGACCCCAGGGUCCUCAGGGGCAGCCUGGAGACACAGGACCCAUGGGGGAAAGGGGACCGGUUGGCCUUCGGGGUUUCCCAGGCCUCAAAGGCUCAAAGGGCAGCUUUGGAACUGGAGGCCCAAGAGGACAGCCAGGCCCAAAAGGGGACGUGGGGCCCCCAGGGCCAGAGGGGCCCCCAGGGUCUCCAGGGCCUUCAGGGCCUCAGGGAAAGCCAGGGAUUGCUGGGAAGAUAGGGUCACCAGGCCAGCGGGGGCCCAUGGGGCUUAAGGGCGAACCAGGCAUUCAGGGGCCCCCUGGCCUCCCAGGGCCCCCAGGCCCACCAGGAAGCCAGAGCCGCUACUAAGUGUCCCAGUCCCAGACACUGCUGCACAGAAUGCCAGGAAGGGCCUCGGGGCAGCGCGAGCCCUUACCCCAGAAAGCCAAACUUAGACAACUGUGGUCCUUUGAUCCCAAAGGGGCUUCUCCCCGGCCUGCCCCGGCACUCCGGGCUCCUUGGUACUGACCGCACCACAGAAAGCACCCCCUCACACAUAUACACACACAUGCACACACACACGUACAUGCACACACAUUUUCCUGCUGGCCAGGGGGGCCAGCUGGGUUUCCCUGGCUGGGCAGGAGGAGAGGGCCAGAGAAGACCCCCUCUCCUGUGACUGAGCCUGCCAGGGAUGUGGCUGCCUUGGGAGGAAGGUCUUAACUCUAUUUCUGAAGUGUGGACCAACUUGGUUUUCUGGCUUCUUCGAAAACAACCUAGCCAGCAGUUCCCCGUGGCUCCCAGCCGGUGAGAAGACCCAGGAAACCAUUUGAAGGGGAUGUGGUUCGAACUCUAGGGACAACAAGGUGGAUUUGAUGACCAAAACGCUCUCCUCACAGCUAUGGGAGCAGAGUCCUGGGCGCUGCCCCCGCCUCACACAGGACAGAGGGACGCCACCUGAGUCACCGUUCUUUGGCUCUGGGCACCAUGCUCUCAUGAGUUGAACAAUUUUUCAUGUCUCCAGAAAAUUCCUCACUUCAUCCUUGCCUCCUCCUCUCAGGAGCAUCUUGGAAGAAAUCCAAGCAGGAGCUUUUCUGCAUGGGGAGACUCUCUAGGCCCUGGAACAUUCUCCCAGAGUGGUGCCCAGCAGCUGGGAUGCUGGAGGAAGGGAGGCAGAGGCAUGAGUGCAGACGCCUCCCUUGCUCGGUCUCAGGCUGGCCUGCUCGUUCCUGGCAUGGGCCCCUCUAUGGCGGCUGAGGGAGGGCCAAGCCCGGCAACUGCCGCUCGCCCCUCUUGCACCCAGCUCUCCUGCCCGCAGCUGCCUGCUGACCUCACCCUGCCGUGGCUCAGAAUGGCCCGAGGCCCCUCUGCUUGGGCAGUAAGACUGGACGAGGAGGGAAGGGCCCGAGCAUCCACAAGAGGCUCGCUUUCACAUCGCCCCUCGUCACCUCCACCUUCCUGCUCACAAGGGCAGAAAGGAGCCCGGGAAGCUCCCCCAGCAAGGUGAAGGCCGCCCACAGGCUAACCUCGUGGUAGAACUGCCUGCCUGGGUGUCCGGCAGAUUCCGACCGCUCCUGGGCUGGGGGCACGGAGCGGUCUCCUCCCUGGCCUGCCUCAGAGAUGGAGACUAGCCCCCAUCCUCAUUCCAAAAGCCUUAAUGUUACCUCCCUUCUUGUAAUAGAUGUGCAACUGGUUUGCACUCCCACCUGCCCUCCCCACCCACGGCCAUGUAAUUCUGUCUACAUAUGAUAUCAUGCCAUAUAGUAUUACUGACUCAGUAAAGAGCUGUUUCCAGGA